AUGGGUUCUUCCUUGCUUAUAUCUGAGCAAGAUGGAAAGCUGAUCACGUUCGCUUCGGUCCCUGAUGGAUUAGAACCUGAUGAUGAUAGAAAUGAUCCGGCGAAAUUGGCUGCAAGUAUUUACAAGGUGAUGCCUGGUUACUUGGAAGAUUUUGUUAUGAAGACUAACGACUCCAAGAAUGGUUAUGAUAAGUUUACUGGUUUUAUAGUUGAUACACCAUUGACAUCUAUGUUGAAAGUUCCUAAGAAGUUAGGGAUCAAGUGUGCCACGUAUUGGUGUUCCAGUCCAGGAUGUUUGGCUCUUGGACUCAAUCUUGAAAAGCUUAUUCAAGCUAAAGUCAUUGAUGCCAAUGAUGGGACUCCUCUGAUCAGUGAGAAGAUUCCACUGCUACCAGACAUGCCCCCAAUGAGCCCUACAGAAUUUACCUGGUAUUUUCAAAGGAAUCUAGAUGCACAAAAGUCGAUGUUUCAGUUUGUCCAAAUGUUCAUUAGUCACAUGGUUUCAGAAUCAGACUUGAUUCUUUGCAAUUGGUUCAGUGAAUUGGACCCUUCAGCCUCUAGUUUCAAUUCCAAUAUUCUUUCUGUUGGUCCCAUACUAGCUGAUGGACAGACCGCAGGAAGUUUUGUCUCAGAAGACUCUAGUUGCCUAAGCUGGCUGGAUAAGCAAUCUCCAGGAUCAGUGGUCUAUGUUGCCUUUGGCAGCACCUCCAGGUUCAGCCAAGAACAGAUUAAUGAGAUUGCGUUGGGGCUUGAACUUAUGGAUAGACCAUUUCUGUGGGUUGCUUGGUCAGGCCUUACUGUCAAUGGAGCUUCCCUGACAUUUCCUGAUGGAUUCACCGGAAGAGUAGCUCAUCGCGGAAAGAUUGUGGAAUGGGCACCUCAAGAAAGGGUGUUAGCUCACCCUUCUGUUGCCUGUUUCAUAAGCCACUGUGGUUGGGGUUCCAUCAUGGAGAGUGUAAGCAUGGGUGUCCCUUUCCUUUGUUGGCCUUAUUUUGGAGAUCAGUUGUAUUCUCAGACUUGCAUUUGUGAAGCCUGGAAAAUUGGUAUUUGGUUGAGGGCUGGUGAAAAUGGGAUCAUAUCAAGGAAUGAAAUUAAAGAGAAAGUCGACAUGCUUCUUUUAGAAACCAGUAUCAGAUCAAAUAUACUCAAGUUGAAGGAGCUGGCCAGGAAGAGCAUAAGUAAAGGAGGAUCUUCAUUUAAAAACUUAGAAUAUCUUGUCAGCCAAAUGAAGUAUUAA